CACACACAGCUCCACACUGCAGACUGGCAGGAGGUUGCAUGGCACUUCAGACAAUACUGAUUGUUUCUCUUAUUCUGACUGCUGACUGCUGGCAUGAUCUGGAUAAUACAGAGUAUGACUGCUGGCCGAUUGUGCAGCCUAAUGAUUUUAAUAUGAUUGACUGUGGAGGCCUUGAAAUGUCCUGGGUCAAGCGCCCUCCAGAGAAAGUAACAAGUGGCGAGGAGUUCAAUGUCACAUACUCUGUGAUCGCACCAGACUUGUUCUAUGAGUAUGCAGUUCAUAAUAAGAUUCUGAGAUUCAGCAAUGCUUCUGAAGCCAAGAGGUUCUGUCAUGAGCAUGAGUGCCCUGAGAACUGGAAUAGCGCCAAUGAAAACAACUGCUGUGUCUACCACGCCAACAUCCACUCCUGCCCCCUCGCGUUCAUGAGACAGAGUGGAAUCUGUGGCCCAUGGAUUCCAGAUGAUGGAAAGAUUGUGACACACACAGUGUCUCAGGCAGGCAAGAUGACCCAGCUGUACUGGACCUCAAAGGUGGUGCUGGUUCAUGUGGGGGUCACCUCAAUGAUUGCACAUAUCAAAGUGGGACAGAUGCACGCUGCUCUGGAAGCCAAGACUUUAGUAGUCAGUGCCCAAGUGUGUGGAGAUGGGGAGUGUGAGUCAGAGGAGAGCUGCUUAACCUGCCCAGCAGACUGUGGUUCUUGUCCCAUGUCUCUCGCUAUCAAGAUUGCCAUUGGAUUGCCAGUAGCUCUGUUUUGCAGUGGAUUUAUCUUAACCAUAGUGUGGCUUCAGUACCAAAAACAGAAGAUGUUUUGGGAUGAAAGCUGGAUCAUUAAUUAUAAAGACAUCACUUUUGGCCAGCUAUGUUAUAUGGGAUUCUGCAGUGCCACAAGUUUACAGCAAGAGACAAGCUACUCCGAUGCAAGCAGGAUGACAGAUCUUACUGGGAACUCUGUGGUAGACUCUGCCCUGAAACACAGCAUUAUUCAAGCUGGCAUCUAUGAUGGAAGAACAGUAGCAGUGAAACACAUACAGAAAAAACACUUCACACUCUCAAAAACAAUAAGGAAAGAAGUAAAGGAAGUACGGGAGUUGGAUCACCCUAAUCUGUGUAAAUUUAUUGGUGGAUCCAUUGAAGUCCCGAACAUCACCAUUGUCACAGAAUACUGUCCAAAGGGAAGCCUUGCUGAAGUUCUUUUGAAUGAAGAUAUUCCAAUUAACUGGGGUUUUCGAUUGUCAUUUGCAACUGACAUUGCACGUGGAAUGGCUUAUCUCCACCAGCACAAGAUGUUUCAUGGAAGACUUCACUCCAAAAACUGUGUCAUAGAUGAUCGAUGGGUCUGCAAGAUUUCAGACUAUGGGCUUGCAGCCUACAGAAAGAAGGACUUUGAGAUGAACAGUAAUGGAUUCCAUUGUGAAAAAUUAUCUCGCAUCUACUGUGCUCCUGAGAUUCUUCUGGGCACCAGCUUUAAUGUUACUCCUGCAGCUGACGUAUACAGCUAUUCUAUGGUACUGGUUGACAUUGCAACCCGAAGCGAUCUUAAUUCAGGAGAAAUGGAUCCUGGAAAACUAGAUGUGAUGUGGAGACCUCCCCUUCCAGAACUGAAAGCUGGGAAAUCAGACAAUGAGUGCCCAGACCAGGGGGAUUAUUGUGAGUUGAUCAAAAAGUGUUGGUCCCAUAAUGCUGCAAUGAGACCGACCUUUGAACAUGUGAAGAAGAUUUUGGACAAAAUGAACCCUCACAAAGUCAGCCCUGUCGACAUGAUGAUGAAUCUGAUGGAAAAAUACAGCAAACACUUGGAAGCCAUUGUGGCUGAAAGGACACAGGAUCUCCUUCAAGAAAAACAACGGACAGACCGUUUACUUUACAGCAUGUUACCAAAACCAGUCGCUGAUGAUCUACGUCAAGGUCGUACAACGGAAGCACAGAGCUACUCCAGUGCCACAGUGUAUUUCAGUGACAUUGUGGGGUUCACUCAGCUGUCUGGAUCCAGCACACCACACCAGGUUGUGGACUUUCUAAACAAACUCUACACAACAUUUGAUGACAUCAUUGAUAAUUAUGAUGUGUACAAGGUGGAGACAAUAGGAGAUGCAUACAUGGUUGUUUCUGGAGUUCCCCAAGAGAAUGGCAUUAAUCAUGGAGGUGAAAUUGCUAGUAUGGCACUUGACUUGCUGAAUGUUUGCCAUACCUUUAAAAUUCCACACAAACCAUCUGUGCAGCUGAGGAUAAGAGCUGGCAUUCACUCAGGACCUGUUGUGGCAGGUGUCGUUGGAACUAAAAUGCCAAGAUACUGUUUAUUUGGUGAUACGGUGAACACAGCAUCACGAAUGGAAUCCACAAGUGAAGCCCUGAAAAUUCAGUGCAGCUUCAAUGCUGCCGACCUCCUGAAGAAACUGGGGGGUUACACCUUGACCUGCCGUGGUCUGUUGCAUGUGAAGGGUAAAGGGGAAAUGACAACAUGGUGGCUGGAAGGAAAGGGAAGUGUGGAAGAUCUAACAGCAGAAAAUAAUCAGCUGUGUGGAGCUCCUGUACCUGUAAGCACCUAGCUACUCAGAAAUGUAUAAAGUGUCUAGUUAAUCUUUAAACGGUUGCUUUAAAUGAUCUUUUAAAAGUAUACUUCAUAGUAGAAAGCACCGCGGAACAAAUACUGUAUUUUAAAUAUUUUAAGGCUGUAUACAACCUACAGCAGUAACUGUAUGUCACAAUCACUUUAUACUGACAGAUUUUGGUAUUGUAGUCAAUUCCAUUAAUUACUAUACUAUUGUCCCAUUUUAUGUUGAAUAUAUUUAAUAUCAAAUAUCAUGUAGUAAAUUAAUAAUCCACUCAUAUUCAUUUGUAUUGUAUAGUAUAAUGUUUGUCUUAACUCUUUCUCUUCAGGAGUGGUUAUCAAUUUUCAUUAACAAGUAUCUGAAAAAAACAGAACAAAAAUUCCUAGCCUUGUUUCUGAGCUCAAGGACAUUGUAAUAUUGGAAGUGAAAUUAGAGAAUUUUCAACAUAAGUGUGUCUUUAGGAACAUAACAUAGACCACUUCUGUAAUAAUGCUAAACUAAAGAUGCUGUCACUUCUCACUGUUCUCUGUACCUUUAUCAUUUGGCACUUGUUGUGUAAUGUUCUAGAAAUGCAAUUAAAAUAGCAACAAA